AUGAACGCACUCUACGAAGAAAUGCAGACAUUCCAUCAAUUCCAUCAAAACGACACUUCAAACACGACGAAAGGACUCAAGAGAGAAACGCAGACAUUUCACCAUUUCCUCGAUCUACCUCUCGAAAUACGACGUAAGAUUUGGCGUCGCGCUCUUCGUCUAUUCCCACGAAUCAUCGAAGUCAGACCACGCUUAACACCCACCCGAGCAUGGGAUCCCCUGACCACCAAGCAUCACGUACGAGCAACCGCACCCAUUGUACUCCUGGCAAUCAAUCACGAAGUUCGAAAAGAGUUACUUCCAUUCUAUACCACGCUUAGCUCAGACGUGAGCCUCAACCAUAUCCCCGAUUCCGAUUCCGAUCUGAGAUCAGUCUCUCCAGAUCCUUCUGCGAAGCCGCCAUUGGUCAAUUUCGAGAUCGAUAUCAUAUAUUUCAACGUAGCUUGGAGUACUAGUGAGAGAAUACCGUAUCUCUCAUUUGUGAAACGGCUAUUCGAGGAUUUCAAGCACGCAAAACAAUUUGUGCGAAGAUUGGCAGUAUGUUAUAAGUUGGCACCCGAAACCUUUUGGUUAAGUCAUAGUCAAGAUAUCAUCAAAGAAGAAUCCGUCAUUUUUCAGUUCGUUGGCUUGGAAGAACUGGCUAUAAUCGCCUCGCAGACUCACUUGAGGACUGACAAGAAGCUGGUUGGCUUGGCAGAUGUAAGUGAAGAUGAUCCUUUUAGGGCGAACAACAAAGGGGGGAUCGAGCGGUUGGUGAGGAACAAAGAAUGGACAGUUCCAGUUAUAAGAUUAUGUGAUACUGUUGCAGCAGAAAAGUAUGCCUAG